CCCCAGCAUAAGCUUCCCUUUUCCUUCGGUGACUACACCCCGAGAGGAGGAGCGUAGUGUGCAGCGUAGUAGGCGUCAGGAUCCUCAAUUUCCAACUUAGCAUCUUGGCAGGACAUUUUCCCAAGCAAAGCCCCCGUCCGACGGGUAAAAAAAAACCCUCCUGCACGGGCAUGAGAGCGACGGUGCAACUCCGAUAAGGGCGCAACAACAACAACAACAAAAAGCAAAACGAGACUAAACAUCCGACGGGCAGUGGCUUACAGGCAGCGACCAAAAACAGUCCAUCCAACAUCUAAGCCUGUUUUUUUUUUUUUUUUCCUUUGACCACUUUUACUUUUUUUGUCUUCACCAUUGUCAUUUAGAGGGGACAGACAGCGGGGUCUGCAGACGCACGGCUCUAUGCGCUCCGACAGCAGCGCAUGAGAAAAUAAAGGGGGGAAAGUGCGCAAGUUAAGUGACUUCCAAUCUUUGGGUUCCAGCAUGGCGUAUCCUCAGGGCUACUUGUACCAGCCGUCCGCUUCUCUAGCCCUGUAUUCAUGCCCUGCGUACAGCACCAGCGUUAUAUCGGGACCCAGAACCGAGGAACUUGGAAGGUCCUCUUCGGGAUCUGCUUUUGCGCCCUAUGCCGGAUCUACUGCGUUUACGAGCGCUUCGCCAGGCUACAACUCCCAUUUACCAUACAGUGCAGACGCGGCGGCAGCUGCCACAUUCACCUCGUAUGUGGUGAGUAAACUAAAGAGCUCUCCUUAUGACCACACUACGGGUAUGGCCGGCUCAAUAGGAUACCACCCUUACGCAGCACCCUUGGGCACCUACCCUUACGGUGACCCAGCAUACCGUAAAAAUGCAACUCGGGACGCCACCGCCACCCUGAAGGCCUGGUUAAACGAACACCGCAAAAACCCAUACCCCACUAAGGGAGAGAAGAUCAUGCUGGCCAUCAUCACCAAAAUGACCCUCACCCAAGUGUCCACCUGGUUCGCCAACGCCAGGAGGAGGUUAAAGAAGGAGAAUAAGAUGACCUGGACUCCCCGGAACAGGAGCGAGGACGAGGAAGAGGACGAGAAUAUUGAUUUGGAGAAAAAUGACGACGAUGAGCCAAACAAACCCACAGACAAGGGAGACUCCACGGAUACAGAAGCAGAUCAUAAACUGCUGAACCCAGGGGACUUGGGCUGUGAGAGAUUUAAAGAGGAGAACCACGGGAAAGACACGGAUCCCCUUCUGAGCGACUCGGAGUUAAAAGAUCCGGAAGAGCGGACUACAGAGUUGCUGCCGGAUUCCGCGAAACCCACCACUUCGUCUCCCUCGGCCGUGCCCCGGGGGAACCAGGCCGUUGCGCAACAAGACAAGCCGUCAGAUCUGAGCCUGGCUUCGGGUACGGUGACCAGCAACGUGACCUCUGUUAUCCACUCGCCCCCCUCGGCCCCUAAACCCAAACUGUGGUCCCUUGCGGAGAUCGCCACGUCCUCAGACAGGUGUAAGGGCAGCGGCGACGCGUCCCAGGCUUGUCCCGGUUUGGGUCAGAGCGCAGGGAUGGGCAGCAACGCGUCCCCGUCCCGGUCCUCCCCACAGUGUCCGCUCCCCAACAGCACGGUCCUAUCCAGGCCUCUGUACUACACCUCCCCCUUCUACCCCGGCUACACGAACUAUGGGGGCACUUUUGGACACCUUCACAGUAACCACGGCUCUGUAACCACGGGCUCCACGGCACAUUUCAAUGGAUUAAACCAGACUGUGUUAAAUAGAGCAGAGGCUUUGGUAAGAGAGAGCCAGAAAGUCAGAGGCCAAACGCAGGUAGAUCUUUGUAAAGACUCCCCUUAUGAACUAAAGAAAGGUAUGUCAAACAUUUAAUACCUGAUUAUUUUAACAGUCACUGCGGACUUUUAUUUAUUUUUUGUGGUUGCAUUAAAAAAAAAACAAAAAAAAAAAACUAAACACAAAAAAAAAAAAAAAAACAAUGAUGAAGCAAAAUUUCUGAGAACAAUUAUUUUCUGAGUAAAUGCUUAUCCUCCAAAUUUUUAGUUUCUGAAUGGUUAAUCC